GCACCAUGGAGCCCGGUGGCACCCCCCACAAGCUCCUGGCAUCCGUGAAGGAGCAGGAGCUGCAGUUCGAGCGGCUGACGCGGGAGCUGGAGGAAGAGCGGCAGAUCGUGGCCAGCCAGCUGGAGCGCUGCCGACUGGGGGCCGAGUCGCCCAGCGCCCCCAGCCCUGCCAGCGCCAGCUCGUCAGAGAAGUCGUCCCCCUGGAGAUCCACAGACGCUUCAAUAGCAGGAGAGACCAAAUCCCGUGUGAUGGACGGGUCCCAGUCCCCGCCAUUCCACCUGCGCGGUGACCAGGAGGUGGUGCCCUCGUACUCCCCCGAACAGCCCUCGCUGGCUGAAAGGUUCGCUGGGAACUCCUGCAGCUCCGCCCAGAUGAACUCGUAUGCGGACAGCGGUUACCAAGAGGCCGGCAGCUACUAUGGUGGGCAGAUCCAGGGAAAGGCGGAGAUGAGAGCCCAACAUUCGUACCCGGGGCUCGGUGGAAACUCCUCCCACUCCAGGAGUGCCAGGGCUGAGGGGCAGGCCUCCGUUCAGACCCCCAUGACCCUCCCCACGGCACCGGGUCGGGCCAUGCGCAGGGUGUGCUCAGUGCCGUCCCGCGCCCAGUCCCCCUCCUAUGGCACAUGUGCGUCCCCGUCACGGGGCUCUCUGCGGGGCUAUGCAGGCCCAGCCCUGCCCGAGUCACGGGGCCCGUCCGCCGCCGCCUACUCCAGCACCACGCUGCCCUGCCAGGGCCAGCGCAGCUCGCCGGGUGUCCUGCGCCGCAUGUGCUCCGCCGGCUCCCGGCCCGGCAGCGCCGGUCACGCGUCCUCGCCACCCAGGGCCGGCAUGACGGCCAUGCCCCAGCACUACAGCUCCACGCUGUCCCGGCCCGCACUGCACCGUGACGCCGACCCCUACGGCCAGCCUGCCUACGACGUCUACGACAGGCUGAUCCUGACACGCCCUGACAGCCUCGCAGCGUCUGCAAAUAAUCCAGAUCCAGGUCUUCCAGCUGGCGCUGGGCCCCACCCCCCGACGCAACCUCUUCCAGUGGAAAAGUCUCCUGAUUGGUUAAUUGCUGACAGCACAUUUUUCCUUAAUGGCUUACGGGACACUACAGACGCCCUGAUGGAUGAGGUGCAAGGCCUCCAGAGCUCCUACUCUAGCCAGCAGAGCCCGCUGGGACUGGAAUUACGCUCAGCUGUGUCCCCCGACCGCCACAUCGUGCCCAUCUACGAGGACCAGGCCUUCCACAGCCCCGUAUACCACAGCCCCGGCAACGGCUCCAUCUACAGGACGGGACCAGGCCCGGCCGUCCUGCAGAGGGGAUCCAGCCUGCGAGGCAGCGCCAAGUACCAGCGAAGCAGCUACGCCCUGAGCUCGGCCGGCAGCUACUCUGAGCCGUAUCGCGCCACACAGUACCGGCACGCGGAGCCCAGCUACGCCCGCGGGGUCCUGACGGUGGACGGAGGGACCACACGCUCCCCCUCCAUAGACAGCAUCCAGAAGGACCCCAGGGAAUUCGGCUGGCGUGACCCGGAGCUGCCGGAGGUCAUACACAUGCUGCAGCACCACUUCCCCUCAGUGCAGGCCAAUGCCGCCGCAUACUUGCAGCAUCUGUGCUACGGAGACAACCGAGUCAAGGCCGAGGUCUGCCGCCUCGGCGGCAUCAAGCACCUGGUGGACCUUCUGGACCACAAGGUGGUGGAAGUGCAGAAGAACACAUGCGGGGCCCUGCGGAACCUCGUCUACGGCAAGGCCACGGACAACAACAAGAUCGCGGUGAGGAAUGCGGGCGGGGUCCCGGCUCUACUGCGGCUGCUGAGGAAGACUGCUGACGCGGAGGUGCGGGAGCUGGUGACGGGGGUGCUGUGGAACCUCUCCUCGUGCGACGCGGUGAAGAUGACCAUCGUGCGAGAUGCCCUCACCCCCCUCACCAACACUGUGAUCAUCCCCCACUCGGGGUGGAGCAGCUCCUCCUUCGACGACGAGCACAAGCUGAAGUUCCACUCCUCUGUGGUGCUGCGUAACGCCAGCGGCUGCCUGAGAAACCUGAGCUCGGCAGGGGAGGAGGCGCGGAGGCAGAUGCGCUGCUGUGAGGGGCUGGUGGAUUCCCUGCUGUACAUCAUCAAGGCCUGCGUCAGCACCUCCGACUUCGACAGCAAGAUUGUAGAGAACUGUAUCUGCACCCUGCGAAACCUGUCGUACCGCCUGGAGCUGGAGAUGCCCCAGUCGGGCCCUCUGGGCACGCAGGAGAUGACCAGCCUACUGGGGAGGGAGUCACCCAGCAAGGAGGCGGAGCCCAGCUGCUGGGGCCGCAGGAAGAGGAGGAAGAAACGGGCCCCCCAGGAUGAGCAGUGGGACGGCGUGGGCCCCAUCCCCGGCUUCUCCAAGGCCCCCAAGGGGGUGGAGGUGCUGUGGCACCCGGCCGUGGUAAAACCGUACUUGACGCUGCUGGCAGAGAGCUCGAACCCGGCUACACUGGAGGGCUCCGCGGGGUCCCUGCAGAACCUCAGCGCCGGCAACUGGAAGUUUGCGGCCUUCAUCCGGGCCGCAGUGCGCAAGGAGAAGGGCCUCCCCAUCCUUGUGGAGCUGCUGCGUAUGGACAACGACCGCGUGGUCUGCUCUGUGGCCACGGCACUCAGGAACAUGGCCCUGGACGUAAGGAACAAGGAACUGAUCGGGAAGUACGCCAUGCGGGACCUGGUUAACCGUCUCCCCGGCCCCGGCGCCUCGCUGCUGUCUGACGAGACGGUGGCAGCCGUCUGCUGCACGCUGCACGAGGUCACCAGCAAGAACAUGGAGAACGCCAAGGCGCUGGCAGACACCGGCGGCAUCGAGAAGCUCGUCAACAUCACCAAGGGCAGGGGCGAGAGGUACUCCAUGAAGGUGGCAAAAGCUGCUGCCCAGGUGCUCAACACACUGUGGCAGUACAGAGACCUGCGCGCCAUCUACAAGAAGGAUGGAUGGAACCAGAACCACUUCAUAACACCUGUCUCCACACUGGAGCGGGACAGGUACAAGUCCCAGCCCACUCUGCCCAGCAACGCUAUGCAGAUGUCACCCGUGAACCAGAUAGCCUGCAGUGCCACCUCUUCCCCUGCCGUGCUGGCAAUCACAGAACGCCGCUCAAACUACCAGAGAACGCAGUCAACUAUGCAAUUUUAUAAUUACCAAGGAGACAACGGUGUGCAUAAAAGUCAGUACGCAGGCCCUGCGAAGCCAUCGCCGUACUUCAUAGAGUCCUGCCCCUCACCACCCAGGGAGGAAUCAAGGAGAACACAGCUGUACUACGCAGACGAGCAGGCCAGGAGGACCUAUGACACCUACCGGCCGUACCGGCAGCCCCCGCUCGGCUACGAGGAGCCCUACUUUGAGGACGCGGUGCACUUCGCCACGGACUAUGCCCCCUCUCUGCACACGCUCAAGUCCAACACCAACUACGUGGACUUCUACUCCACUACGCGGCAGCCGUCCUACCGGGCGGAGCAGUAUCCAGAGUCACCCGACUCCUGGGUCUAGAAGGUUCUGCUGCGGGCGGGAGGGGUGGCCAUCCCGUCUGAACUGAGUUUGCCCUGUGCAUCUCAAACAGGUCUCUGCAUGCUCAGUGAGCCGGUAAUGUCAUGGAAGGAACGCAGAGCCAGAAAGAGACAGCAGGGGGCGCCUCUCCAUACACGUCGGCCCUUCCUGAUCCACGCGAUUCCGUUUCUCGAACCCGCAACCCAGCGGGGGCGACGGUGGAGCGGGUCACAUGAUGCCUUUGCGGCAGCAAAGUGGGAGAUGAGAGGCCUCGUGAAAAGACAGUUUGACAUUAGUGAGAAGAACAAGAUGGAGAUGGCUUGUUCAUGGGAUUCGAACCGUCCUCCUUCCAUGUCGUACUGCUGUGUGUCACAUCGAGACAUUGUCUGUCACCCCGUUCUUGUGGUUUCCUCUCUGUACACCCUGAAAUCGAAUCCCUCGCAGCCCUCAGAUCAUCAGCAUCAGUAAACUCUUGUGCCAUAUUAAUCCUGUAUAAAUAUAUGGAGCCAUUUAAAGAAAAUGUGGGAUCAAUUGAAGUGUCUAAAAAGUGACAUUCUUUUUUUAAAUGAACUGUGCGAUUGUAAACAUGUGUGUGACAUUGCAGAGGCGUUUAUUUUUCCAUGUCCUGUCCAGUGACCCCCCUGUGGAUGGUUCACCGCCAUGUUCUAUGCACAUGAGUAGAAAUAAACGUGAACGUUUCAUCCA